AUGUGUCUCCUAUUCUGGAUCCUCUGCCUGAUGGCUCCUAUUGGUUACAGUCAGCUUCCAGGUCCUCCUGGUCCCAAAGGAUAUAAAGGGUUUCCAGGGAUACCGGGGCUACCAGGGAUGCCUGGUUUUCCUGGACCUCCCGGUCAAAAAGGGGACAUUGGAAAUGUUGGAGCACCUGGUGCAAUUGGACCAAGGGGUGGGACUGGAUAUCCUGGAGCAGGUAGACCAACUGGACCAACUGGGGAUACUCCGUGUAAACAAGCUCUCUUUGGCUCAAUUAUCCCAGACCUUGAAGCCUUAAAGAAGAGCACUUCUAAGUUAGAGCUGGUUAUAAACUAUGACUUUUUCCGGAAAGUUGGUCAGAAGAACUUUGUGUCCAACAAGGAGAGAGGCGCCUUUUCCAGGGCUGUCAAGUUCUGCUUCCAACAAGGCUUAGAGCUGGCUUUGCCCCAGAAUGAGGAGGAGAACAGAGUACUGACUCAGUUCUUUGGGGACAUUUACAAAACAGCCUGGAUCAACAUAAACAAUAAAAAGGCAGUGGGGAAUUUUGACUCUGAUAUGAAAAACCAACCUCUGACGUUUACCAAAUGGGAAGAAGGGCAGCCAGACAAAUCCAUCCAAGAUACAGGCUGCACCAUGCUGUCAGAAAACGGUGUCUGGAGAGUGACACCUGAAUGUUCUCUGAAUGCUUACAUCAUUUGUCAGAUAUAA